GAGAGAGUGAGUAAUGAGUGUGUUCACAUUCAUGCAUACCCACACUCACACCCAUGCAUUGAACCACACACCGCGCUGAAAGAAACUCGUUGUGCAUGGUGUAUUCGGGUCGGUAAGGGAAUGUAUGACUGUGUGUGUGUGUGUGUGGCACCACCACAUUGGAAAUACCUAGAGCCAGAAUGUCUGCCAGUGUCUGGCGAAUUGAACAUUAAAAUAUACUUCUACAGAGUUUCUUAGUUAGUUGGAAGAGAAAAAACACAGCGAUCGAACGUGUGUUCUUGUUAUUGUGCCGCCGCGCUGUUUGUAUAUUUCAUUCGUUCGUUUCACACCUCGUGUCCCACACUUGCUUGUCGCCCUCACAAUUCAAUUCAGUAAAACAAAAAAAAAAAAACAACACAAAAAAUGAAAAGAACUCAAGCAAACAAUUAGAAUCAGUGAAAGAAUACGGCGACGACGACGACGGCGACGAACCAACAACAAAAACUACAACAAAACACUCUUUAUACACCACAUUCACGCCAAGAGACAAACCGACGACAGCCAACCAGCCAGCCAGCCAACAACUACGAUGUUGUUUCGGUCGGUAGAAGAACACUAAGGCAAGCAAUUACUAUAGCACACAUAGCAAAACAACUAGAACGAGUCUUCGAACUAGAACGCAUAACACUUGUGUUUUGGAUUUGAAGGUGUUCGGUCGCAACCAUAGAAAUAGCCGUGGGAAUGAGUUAUUACAACAACUGACACAGAACCAAAAGAAAAAAAACUAAUAAUAAAAGAGUGAAGUGUUAAAAUCAUUAUUAUUAUUACCGCCACCAACGGACUACCUUACAUAGAACAUAUAUCGUCAUCAGACAAAAACAAAAACUAUUUUUUAUUAUAAAUGAUUUAAAAUCAAAUCAAAAAUUCUAAAGAAAAACUUUGAUUGUGAACGGAAGUGCCUAUAUUAUUAAUAAUUAGUAUAUGUGUAUAUAUUAAUGUUAAAAAAAUUAAAACUUGUUACGCUUUUUGCACCUAAAAAUACCUAAAAGAUGGAAAAUAAUGAAAGUAGCAAUAACUGUGCGAUGAAGAGUGGCGCAGUAGAAAGUCGGCGCCAGGCUAUGACAACGACGACGACGACUACGACAAAUGGCAGAACGGUAGUUAUCAAAAACGAAAAUAGAGAUGAGCGAACUGCAAGCGCCACCGCCGAACAGUUGAGCAGCUGUAAGAAAACAUGUGUGUUAAACGAAGGAAUGUGCGGGAGCCAUCACCUAGGUGGUGGCGUUUCCAACAACACAACAAGUGGAAACGGAAAUAAUAGCCAUAAAAUGGGCUCACGCCGCAUCUUUACACCGCAAUUUAAGCUACAAGUUCUGGAGUCGUAUCGCAAUGACAACGAUUGCAAAGGCAAUCAAAGGGCUACAGCCCGCAAAUACAACAUACAUCGCAGGCAGAUACAGAAAUGGCUGCAGUGCGAGUCUAGUCUAAGAUCAUCGGUGGCGAAUAUCAAUCAGAAUACGGUGAAACAUCAGUUUCAUAACAUCAGCAUGCAUCAGCAAUCGCAAAAGUCUUCCAUUCCCUCUGCCACUGCCGCCUCACUGUUAAGUGUUUCCCCAUAUGGAGCAAACAGCCAACAUGGCCAUUUGGGAUUAGAAGCUGUAAGAUCGGAAGCACCUCAUAGCGGUGCAAUAAUUGUGCCAUCCCUGCCAUCCGCAUCGUCGGCAUCCGUGUCGUCGGGAGUGACAACCGCAACGACACCCAGCCAAGGGGUAUUCUCCGCCGCCAAUUUAGCUGCAGUGGUUGCAGCUGCAGCCGGAGCUGCUAUGACUAUUACAAGCCAGCCAUCCUCUAAUGGUUCUUCAAUGUGUCCCACCGACUCUGUGGUCCCCUCGCCUUUGCGUCCCACAUCGAUAAUCAGUGCCAGCAGCAACGCAGUCACAGCAAUGUCACCCCUGCUCCACCACCAUCAUCACCAUCAUUACGGAAUCCCAGCAUAUAUACACCAUCAUACACCUGCAACAGUUCAACUGCCAGUGCCGAUAUUAGCACACCAUAUUUCUCAUCCAUCUCAACACAUACAUCAGCAGGCCCAACAACAGCAACAGCAACAACAACAACACCAACCGUAUCAAUACCAUAAUCUGGCGUCGUAUACACAGGCACUAACACAUCAGUCAUCAGACAAGCAACAGUCAUCGUUUUUGCCGUCACUAAGUCUACCCGAAGUGAAUGUGAAUGCCUUACCACCAACAGCUGCUGCCUCCCUUACCGCCGCCACUGCCGCUGUCAAUGGGUUUGCCAUAGUAGUAGGUGAAUCGGAACAUGCCGAUUCUAAAACAAAUUCCGAGAAUAUGAUGGAAUCAAAAGAAGCAGCGAACAGUGGACCCAAAGUCAGCUACCCACGCCACGAAUACCACCAAUCAACAAGCCUAUAUCAAUUCAAGGAAGAUGGUGUUUACUCACCGCUGGUAUAUCCUUUGGGUCCCAUGGACUUGUCUCUGCGUACACGCCGAAAUCUGAAGCCUGAUUUGCCAGCGGCGCCCAAAAAAGACCAAGAGCCUGCCAAGAUGAACAUGGAUAGCCACACCAACAACAGCAGCCACAGCAGCAUUGUCGAUUUGACGCACCGGAAACGUAAGGGGUCGAGUGCGACGUGCCAUAACACGGAUGACAAUUGUACAGAGCUAUCCGAGAAGCAGCUAAAACUAAAAGACACCAACGAAGAAGACAACGAUCAUGCCACGAACUCUCACAGCGACGAAGAUGAAGUGGAGAUCGAGGUGGGCACGGAGGAGAAACUGCCACCUUCUAAACCGGUAAAACUAUUCAAGCCAUACCUACUCGACACCGAUGCUGAUUCUGAGAACAGCACAGCGGUUAGCAGUGCCAGCACUGAUAUGAAAUAUGGCGAGUCAAGAGAGGCUAGUCCCUGGAUACGGUAUACGGCAAGUCUUUCACCGCCGCCACACUGUUAUGACAUAGCGACGGCUCAUUGUCAGGGUGGCGGUGGCGGCGGCGGCGCUACAUUUCAGUUCUCCAUGAAAGACAAUGCCUUCACCAUGCCCUCCGAAAAUGCGAAUUUUCCUGCCGAAGUUAAGACAUCAGAGAAUAUGAAAAGUGCCUUCACCUCCAUUCCCACCAUCUCGCCCACCUCCUUCCGCAGCCCCAAGGGAUCUCCUUCGUCAUCGGGCUACGAAAGUUCAUCCUCCACCUACAGCGAUUCGUCAUUCUCCUCUCGCGGUGAAUCCUCUUACGCCUACAACCGAACCUACAGCCUUAGCCUGCAAAUGCACUCGCUACACCAGGAGCAGAUAAACUUGCAGCGCUCCAAACACGUAGAACGCUGGUUGGAACAGGAGUCGCGCACCCCCUCAGAGCCCAAUUCCCCCAUAGCUAUAUUAGCUUAGAAUAUAUAUAUAUGAAAAUAAUAAUAAAUGCCUUUGCUCCCCUAACAUUUAUGAAGAAUGUAUGCCAUUGGAUUUGAAUCCAUCGUCUUAUAAGAGAGAAAACAAAAAAACUCAAUACAAUUAAAACAUAUCAACAACAACCACCUAGCACUUAAGCAAAAAAAAAAAAUAUUUAAAAGUUAAGCAUUAAUUUAAAAACAAAAGGACAAUAGUUUUUUCAUAUACACACAUACAUACAUACACACACACAUAUAUAUCUAUACAAUUAUGAAUAAACUAUGAA